GCAAAGAGUUCUGAAUUUUUUUUGUUGAAGAAGCAAUACCAAAGAAUAAAGAAACUGCUAUCAUACGGACGAAAAGAUGUUGUGGCUCUUUUUUGAAAUUGAUGGAGGAGUACAUCAAGUAGAGAUCUUGUUGUUUCUCUGCUCCUUAUUUGCUCUCAUUGGAGGUGUGUUGUGGCUAAGAUUGAAUGACAACGUCCAUCUAGCUUUUGGCCGGAGAUCCAGUAGAAAAGCACCAUUGGUGCACAGUGUUGUCGUGCAGGAGGAAAUUCACGAUGAUGAAUCAGUUGCGAUUCAAAAUGGUUUGGCUCCGCGGCACGAAGAAUUGCCUUACCCAGCGCUACCACGCUCUCCCAUUCUCCAGCCUACACUCGUGGCAUUGCACAGCGACCCCCACCCUGUGCCUGUCCGAGCGGAAGAAGCAAUUGUGGCCGACACCGCCGUGGAACGGGCACAACCCCGCCCAGCGCAGGCAGAAGAAUUACCAGAGGUAAUUGUGCUCGAAGAGGAGGAUGAAGCAUUGGUCGAUCCGCUGGGCACAGAAGCCAACGCCGAACCUGCCUUGCAACAACAGGCAAUCGAGUUUGUCGCUGAUGCAGAUGAUCCGCGAACCAAUGCUGAAUGGCAACCCGAGCCAGCAGCUGCUCUUCUCGCCGUGCAGCAGCACUUGCUGCAAGAAGGUUUCGGUCCGCAAGAUGAAAUCAUCGUCCCAGCGGAAAGACCCGCGCCAGCCACGCCCGAGGCGCAGUUUGCGCACGACUACUUGAACGACCUGUAUCCCCGAGUAGCAAAUGCCGCAGUACUCUACUCACCAGCCGAGCGCGCGACAAACGCGGUGUGUGUGUGCUGGGAGAAGAAACAGAAAGAAGAAAUGUCGUCGAAAGCGACCGUGGGAACACAUGGGGGUCAGCAAGAGAAGCCCGUCCAAACGUUGCCCGACGAACUUCUCCGCGAGAUCUUUCUCUUUGCGAAGGACCCGAUUGCCCCCUCAAUCUGUGAGCGCAACGCCCGCGCCAUGCUGGGACUGACGGUGCGGUGGCCCGGUAGGAAAGACACGGCUGCUUCGACCAUAAUAGCGAGUAGCAGCAAUACCUUGUCUACUUCUUCAGUGGCACCGCCUCAGUGCGAGGGCGACGUGGCAAUGGCAACUACUUCUACGCGGGCGUCCUCGUUUCCUGAGAGAACAGAGCAUGAAGCAGAAGCACUUGGAAGCACCAAACAGCACCUCGACGUGAAUCAACGGCAAAAAACCCAGCCUCCUAACGUCUUCACCUACACUCCCAGCAUAUUUCUGGAGGGGAACUACACGCGCGAAGACUUCGCCAUUCUCGGCUACCGGCUUCACCCGGAAGGCUACCUGGGGAAGCAUCUGGGGCUUGGGGCAACUGCGGAGCAACCUCCGGAAAAAAGUGCACCAACAGCACCGGAGCACAAACAGCUGCUUGAAAAGCUCUGUCCAGUGACUUACGGCCCUGUUCCAUCUUUUCACCCAUCGCAACUGCGUGAACUUGAGUUCGAGGUUGGCUUGUCCAAGCGACUAAAGAUGGCAGAUCUGUUUGCCAGAUCCGGAUUGCACGACGUCGACGAAGCAAUUAAUGCCAGUCAUAGAUCCAAUUUUGAUCCGUUGAACCGUGUUACGCUGUCCAUCGGGUCGGUGAUGCAAUAUUAUGCGGAGUAUCAUCAGAUGGCGCAUCCCGAUGAGCUCGUAUGUCCAAUGGCAAGCUUGGGACGAAGCAACCCUCCGUGGUUUCAUGGCGACAUCGAAACCGUCCUCGCGACAGUCGAUCACGACGAACAAAAAAGCGAAGUAGCAGAUCCCAACAUCAGCCAGCUCAUGAGUCAGAUGAGAGAACAGCCCGAGCCGUUCUGGGUGGCGGAGCUCGAAAAGGCGCGGGCUUUGGAGCGUCGACACUGGUCCGACCCAAACAGUACGGCCUUUGGUGGACCGACACAGAGGGCUGUGCAGUUCCAGCAGGAGAUGCAAGAAGUGACACUGCAAUUUUGGCACGAGGUCUUCCUUGACAAGAAAAAGCGCAAUCUCUACCCCUACCACACUCGCAGACAUGACCUACGGUACGUUCUCGAAUUCGAUGUCACUGUCAAUGGUGAAACCGCACGGGCGCUGAAGCAAGCGUUCCGCAACGAGGAGGCCCCGGUCUGGACUGGCGCCCGCACCACCAUUGCUUGCCAAACAGGGUUUAAGAGGAUGAUUUCUAUUCUCGAGAACCAAAGCGGAACGGGAGAUCGGGCCACCAUCAUGCAGUGCGCUUGUACUCUUCGCUGCUGGUAUCAAGCAGGCGCACUUCCUCGCCGGAGAAACGACCCGAGACUAUUUCCCUUCAAGCACGACCUGCUGCGCGCUGCGUCGAUUCUCGAUCUGCCUGUGCAUGGUCCGGAUAGGCUGUGGAGCAAGCGCAUCAGCUAUAGCAACUCCCAAAUUGCUCGUCAGGAGGAGUGGGACGACAUUCAAUAUGGGACAGGAAAUGAUGAGCCAUUUUGAGGACGAUUCAGAUGAAACGGAUUCAGAUGAAGAGAAAGUACCUAGAGUAGAACGAUCUAAAAUGACGUCGCUGCUCCUCCUAGAUGAGGUGCAAACUUUGCAAUUGUCCGCGCCUCGUUGAAUGGCGCGGAAAAAAAUGACCGUCAACUUCUCGCUGAUCUGUAACCCGUGUAGUUGUAACAGUAACUGCACCAUUUUAUACAACAGUAUUCACCAUUCGGAUUCGACUCCGUUCCAGGUCGUGUCCGCCUCCUUCUGAAUUAAACUCGAAAUAUGUGCUUCCUAAGCAAAUGAUGGAACUUCUGUUUACACCUGAUCUUUCUAUAUGUCAGAGUUCAGAGUCAGAUCGUUGGCGUGUUGCUCUAUGUAUAACGAGAAAACCUUCAUGAGAG